CUUGCAUUCUCCAAGAGGACUCCUGUCACACUCUUUCCUGGAAAACGUGUUCUGUUCUUCAAUCUCAGCAUGUGUCCUAUGUGCUGGACAUUGCUUAUCGUUCCGGUUGCUCUGACCGUGGUCCAUGGGAACCCUGUGGGAACUGUGAUGCCCAGAACUGGGUCAGUGCCAGUGUUGGGAUCUGGCCAACACCAAAACGCUGUUUCUCCAGGCGGGGACACGCAGACCACAGCCAGGGAAGGCGAGGUGGUGGAGACAGCGGACAUCAUGGAAACCGGUGAGCUGAACCCUAACUACUACCCAGCCCGCCGGGCCGCGGCGGUGGUCCAGCACUACCUGAACACCCGCUACGGCUCGCCCUACAGAUGGAUGUUUCUCGGCAAUGUACACAACGCCAGUUCAGAGGAUGUGACAGAGGGUAGGAAGUAUCAGCUGGAACUCACAAUCCAGGAAAUGAUCAGCAACGUUUCGGGGCCGUGCUCUGCAGAGCUGCUCUUUCCCGGGGCGGGCACUCCCCAGGUUCAAGCCUCGUGUGAUUGGCUGCUUCCAAACAACACCAGGGCUCAGGAAGAAGCCUUCUACCAGCAACACCGAGACAGCCAUAACCUGGUGUCGGGAGACCGCAUUCCAGACAGCUACGGUCACAUGGAGCCAACCAUGAAACCCUUCUGGCACCUGGGGGGCGUGGCCUCCAGUUUCAUCAUGCUGGAGCAGUCCAAUCAGAGCACCCUCUACAACAUGGCCCAGGUGGCCAACUUCACGCAGCUGGAAACUGAGAAGGACCAGCUGAGAUUCCAGUACCAUGUCCUGCUGCAUGAAAUGGUUUCCCAGGAGAUCAUCCACUGGAAGAUGCUGAUCACCUGGUCCCCAGCAGAGGGAGUUAAAGUCCUGCAGACAGACCUGCAGCCAAAGUGCAACUGUGAAGAUCCUCCUGACAGCAUCAACUGACUCACUCAUCAAAUGGCACAAUCGGCACGCCAGCAUCCUUCACCGCCCUAACCAAGUUCUGCGUAAUGAUUAUGACUUCUCUUUUUUAGGACUUUGAAUGGUGAAACCAUUAACACGACCUUUACUAAAUCACCAUUGUUUAAGGUUAAGUCAUUAUUAGGUUUGCCUUCACCACUGUUGCUUGAAAGGUGUCGUCAGAGCAUAUGUCGAUGGUGUUACUGCAGCCUUGUGACUUCAGUACAUUAACUGUUUAUAACACUCGAGAAGAAUGUUUGUUUCUGUCAAUGUUGUUUGGUAAAUCUACUCUAUUGAUUAAAGUCAUGAAAGGAUAAACUGA